AUGGCAACAUUAACUGCAAAUGCCAUAGCAGACAUUCUUGCAGGCAUGUCUCUUGUUGACCCUUCUUUACAAGUUACAGCAAUACAUUCCAUUCAACAACCUCAUUCUACAAAUGUCAAAUAUCGCCUACAACUCUCUGAUGGUAUGCACACCCAUCCAACAUUGCUUCCUGACCAAAUGAACAGUCUUGUUCUAGAAGAAGCUUUAGUCACAGGUUCUAUUCUCUGCCUUACAGAAUAUUCUCGCAAGAUAUUCGACAAAUACACGGCUAUUAUAAUUCUUAGCUUCGACAUAAUUUCAAAUAAUGCAGCUAUCAUUGGAUCUCCAACUCCACUCCUACAAGCUAUUGCCUACCUUCCAUCAAAUAGUUCUGAAGACCCAUUAAACCCUUUCCCAAUUAUUCCCAUUAAAACAUUGACCCCAUAUCACAAACAAUGGUCCAUUCAAGGUCGAGCAUUAGCAAAAACCCCUAUUCACAAUUUCAAAAAUGUAGGACGUGAUGGGAAAGUUUUUGGAUUUGAUUUUGUAGACAUGUUAGGAUCUGAAAUACAUGUGACUUGUUUUAAUGAACUUGUUGAUAACUUUUACCAUGUUAUUCACUCUGGUAGUCUUUAUGUGAUCUCCAACGGUCAUAUUAAAGUGGCAAACACAAAAUAUAGUAGCUCCACAAACCCUUUUGAAAUAAUCCUCCACGACUCUUCCAUAGUAACUCCUACCACAUGCAUAGACUCUACCAUACCCAAGCAUAGUUUCCACAUUAAGAGCAUAGAUUCACUACAAUCGUUCCCUAUUAAUGCCCUUGUAGAUGUCAUUGGAAUAGUUUUAUCAAUCUCCCCUACAUCAACCAUACGUAAAAGAGAUGGCACUGAGACAAUAAAGUGUACUGCUACAAUCAUAGACAUGUCAAGUUGUACCAUAGAUAUUACAUUUUGGGGUCGCCACUGUCAAAUCGAGGGCAAACAACUAUUUGAAAUGUCCCUAGAACCGAAUCCUCCUGUUCUUUUGAUCAAGUCUGGCCGUAUAGUAUCUUGGAAUGGAAAAUCACUUGAUACUAUCUUUUCAACUACACUUUUAAUCAAUCCAGAUUUAUUGGAAACCACAACAUUACAAACAUGGUACGCCAAGAAAGGGGUUGACGAACCCUACAUUUCAUUGUCACAAACCAACCUUUCCCCCCACACAUUUGAAAAUCCAAUAGAUAUUUCAUCUAUUACUGAUGAAAGCUUUCCUGGCCAAAAGAAUGUAUGUGUGAAGGCCACUAUUACAAAACUUCACUUAGACAACUUUUACUACCUAUCUUGUCCACAGGUAGUGAACAAAAAAAAAUGUAAGAAAAAAGUUGUGCAAAGUUCACCCAACACAUUCCAAUGCCCAAAGUGUUCUACUGAUCUCUCUGAAUGCGAUUUUAGCUACAUGCUUAAAAUGGACUUGCAAGAUGAAACAGGUGAGCUUCUUAAAGUUACUGCAUUCGAAGGACCAUUAAAUACCUUGUUGGGUGUUCCUGCAGAAGAUUUCCAGCUACUUCUAGCAGAACCUAAUGCUGUGGAACCUAUAUUGAGCAAUGUUAUUGAUUGCAAAUUUUUCUUUGAUCUCAACAUCAAAAUGGUUCCAUUUGCUGGCCAAGAAACACAAAGCAUUGUUAUUACAGCCAUUAAGCCUACCUAA